AGAAAGUCACUAUAAAAGACAUGAUUCAGAGCACCAAACUUCAAGUCAUCGUUCGAAAUGUUUGCCAAACGGACCACAAUUCCCUUUUUAGUGCUUAGUGCAUUCGGCUGUUGCAAUGCUAUUGAAAAUCCCAUCAGUCCGAAUGUUUCGUCAACAAGCUACUUCGCGCAGGAACUUUUUCUGGCCGCAUUGGAUGCCAUCAACUUCAACCUACAAAACGAACAUUUCCGCUCGAGGGAGAACCAUCAAAAGUAUCGGACGGAAAUCGCCGAUCUGUGGCGGACUUUGACACAGACGCAAGAGCUUGUGGCAAAACAGGUGAAAACGCUGGCUAAACUGCAGACCGAUAUCGAAAUUAUGAUUCUGAACGUUUCGGUCUUGCUCGGUGACACCCGGCAAAUUACCCGAACACUCGAAGUCCUUCCCACCACGGAAAUGAUCAAUGAUUUGAUUCUGAAACAGAGAGUCGGGAAGAUUUGUACUAUCAGCACCCCAGAUAUUGCACAAACAUGUUCCGAGGUUCCGAAGCUACUGUCCGGAAUAAAUCGACUACUGCCUCAACGUGGGUUCCAAGAAUCGUUUGAGGCUCUUUGUGACCAAGACUACGAAAACGGAGGCUGGACGGUGAUUCAGAAUCGCUUCAACGGCUCCGUUGACUUCUACCGAGGUUGGAAAGCCUACGAGGAAGGGUUCGGAGAUCUGCGAGGUGAAUUUUGGCUGGGAUUGAAGCGAAUCCAUCAGCUCACCUCUUCCAUGCGGCAUGAGUUGCACGUGCUAUUGGAAGAUUUUGAAGGUAAAUCCGUGGUGGCCAAGUACGAUGACUUCCGGGUGGCCGAUGAGGCAGAAAAGUACACACUAGAGAGCCUCGGGCAGUACAGCGGGACAGCAGGGGAUUCGCUCAGCUAUUCGCUCGGUAAAAAGUUCAGCACCUUGGAUGCAGAUAACGAUUCAUUUGGUACAACCAAUUGUGCAGUCGCAAAAACGGGCGCUUGGUGGUACGGUUCAUGUUCAGAAAGCAACCUCAACGGGCAGUAUCUCGGACAUGGUGCUAAGGACAAUGGCGCCGGAAUGAACUGGUGGUAUUUUCACGGCAGCUGGAUCUCGCUUAAAAUUUCACGAAUGAUGAUCCGAGUAAAAGCUUAAUUUAAAUA